AUUUCUUAAAGAGCCUAAGGAAAAAAAAACUCCAAGAAAAAGCAGUAAAUUCUCCAUUGCUCACUGUUUUAACAUCAUGCUGCAAUAGAUGACAGGGGCUGCACAAAUGGAGAGCAACUUGACAGGAAAGGACCUGGGGGUCGUGGUAGACAACAGGUCAAACAUGAGCCAACAACAUGCACUUGCCACAAAGAAGGCUAACAACAUCAUGGGCUGCAUUAGGCAAAGUAUUGCCAGAAGGUCGAGGGAGGUGAUCCUGCCCCUCUACUCAAUACUGAGGAGGCCACUCCUCGAGUGCUGGGUCUGGUUCUGGGCUCCCAAGUACAAGAGAGACAUGGACAUGCUGGAGAGAGUAAUGAAAGGUCUCAAAGUUGAUGAAGGGAGUGGAACUUUUCACCUCUGAGGAGAGUCUGAGAGAGCUGGGACUGUUCAUCCUGGAGAAGAGAAGGCUGGGAGGGGAUACCUGAAGGGAGGGUGCAAAGACGACAGAGCCAAGCUCCUUCCAUUGGUGCCCACUGGCAGGACAAGAGGAAAUGGGUACAAACUGGAACACAGGCGGUGCCAUCAAGAAACAUUUUCUCACUGUGUGGGUGACCAGGCACGGGUUGCCCAGAGAAACUGUGGUGUCUCUCUUCUUGGAGAUCUUCAAAAUCUAUUUGGCCAUGAUCCUGGGUAAGCAGCUCUGGGUAGCCCUGGUUGAAUAGAUGGCCCUAGUUGGACAAGAUGAUCACCAGAGGUCCCUUCCAAACUCAGCAUUCUGUGAUUCUGUGUUACAUGCUUUGGACAGAGAAAUUAAAAACAUAUAAAUGAAUGUUAAGCAAGGAUUUCUGACUGAAAUAAUUUAAUCAUGUUAUUUAAUAUAGUGAAGAGACAGGACAAUUGUAAUCAGUUGCUACAAACGUCUUUGAAGAGAGAGGGAUUUUGUGUGUGUGUGUGUGUAGCAUAUUCCCUUUGGCCUUGUAUAAUGGCAAUGGAACCCUGAAUAAGCAUCAGGAAAUAUCUCUAAUGUUCACUAAAUGGAGAGUGACAGGAACUGAUAGCUUGUCUGGGGACAUUGCUGAAUCCUGAUCACAGAAGGCUUGUCAGAGAAGACUGAACUGUUACCCAUGAGGAAAAGCUGCUCACAGAUACCCUUUACAGACGCAGGCAGGCAGACAUGAUGGCAUCUUGUUUUGAAGUGUACAAUUUCCAUGUCAGAAUAGCAGAGAACUACUUUCUUGAGUUCAAUGAUGUGCAGUACCCCACCUUGCACUCCAGCCAUACCUGGUGCUGUCAGUGAAAACCAGUCCAGAACCCAGCAGCAGCUAGAGUUCCUGGCAAAGACAUGCUCAGUGACGGUUGCUACACUGACCAGUUGCCUUAUUCUCUGAUUCAGGAAUAUUAUAGAGUACUAACAUAGAAUCAUAUCAUAGAAUGGCUCAGGUGGGAAGGGACCUUAAUGAAGUAGGGAAGCGUGCGGUCACCAUAAGUGCAAACAGGAGAAAAAGAAAGACAUGCUGGGUCUUCUUCAAUGCAGUGGGUGAACCAAGGAAGUGUAGGUUAGUCAGGAUGCACAAUGGUCAUGGUUUCUCCUGUGUGACUCUUGCAGUCAGGUCACCAACACUGAAUAACACAUCUCUUGACUGUAAAAUGCCACCGUCUGUGAAAUACCAGUAUGGUAGGCUUUCAACUGUUACGGAGAUAGGACUAAAGCCAUUAUACCUGUGAAAUCCUUGCUUUGGGGGGUGGGUGUGCAUCAGUCCCGUUGCUCACAAUCUCCACCUCUCCCCAGUGCUCUUUUCUGCCUGCAGACCAAACCAGCUGGCCCCAUGGCAGGAGAGAACCAGACUCGGGUGACAGAGUUCAUGCUUCUGGGCUUUUCCCAUGGCCAGCCCUUCCUCUUCGUCCUUUUUCUGGUUAUUUACCUGGUCACACUUCUGGGGAAUUUUGCAAUACUUGCCCUUGUGUCCCUGGAUCCCCAUCUCCACAACCCUAUGUACUUCUUCCUCAGACAUCUGUCCUUCUUGGACAUCUGCUACUCAUCAGUGACAGUACCCAAGAUCUUGGCAAAUGUGCUGCGCUCACAGGCAACCAUCUCCUACUGCGGGUGUCUGGCGCAAAUGUUCUUCCUGAUGGCAUGCGCAGGGGCCGAGUGUGCACUCCUAGCUGUCAUGGCCUAUGAUCGCUAUGCAGCGAUAUGCCAGCCCUUGCACUAUGUCCACACCAUGAGCCGGGGUGUCUGCACAGUGGCAGCUGCGGGCUGCUGGCUCUGGGGUAUGUUGGAUUCAGCCGUGCAUACACUCCUGGCUUCUAAGCUGUCCUUCUGCAGGGCUGCCCAUCUCCAGCACAUCUUCUGUGAUGCUCCCCCGCUGCUGAGGGCAGCAUGCAGCAACACCCACCCUGUCGAAGUGGCACUCCAUGCUGCUAGCUUCUUUGUGGGCCUCAGCCCCUUCCUGUUUGUCAUCAUCUCCUACCUCCGUAUCCUGGCUGCUGUCCUUGGGAUGCCUGUGGCUGCUGGCCAGCACAAAGCCUUCUCCACUUGCUCUGCCCACCUGCUUGUGGUCACCUUGUACUUCGUAACAGCCAACCUGAACUACAACCGACCCAGCACUGGCUACUCACCAGUGGCUGACACAGUGGUCUCUGCGCUAUACUGCAUUGUCACCCCCAUGCUGAAUCCUCUCAUCUACAGCCUCCGCAACCAGGAGGUGCAGAGGGCCCUGCAGAAAGCCCUGCAGGGAUGGGGUGUGUGGGGCUCCCCAGGCAGCAAUGCUGGUGUGGUAUUGGCCCCUCAUCAGCUGACUGUAGGAAAUCUGUGAUGGCAGCAGUAGGCUUGGGACUGCCUGGGAAAGCAGGGACUGCUUAUAGUAUACUAUCAUCAUGUGUCUGACCCUUGGCAUAUCACUGAUAACAAAAUGGCAAAAUCAAGUUGGGAUCAAGGCUAUAGUUCCAGGAUUAUGUAUCACAUGCUGAGCUCAGUACAUGACCCACCACAGCCACAUUAUCAUGGAAUCAUAGAAUCAUAGAGUCAAUCAUAGAAUAGCUUGGGU